AUGGCUAUCUGGUGGGCGGGAAGUGUAAUGGUGAUAGGAUGCACCCGUUGGACAUGGAAACGGUGCACCUACAUUGGUUCAGAUUGCAGUGAAACAUGGCCUAAUGCCACCAUGGAAGAAUUUGAGCCCAUCCCUCGAAUCUGUCACGUAAUUCUUGCAGUUUACGACCCUGAUCCUGAUCGCCCUAAAUACUCUCCACCUAAUCAUUACCGCCUUAACCGUAAUGAUGCGGUCAAACGUGUUACAUACGAGGAAACAGAAGGUCAUUCGCCCCCUUACAUAAUUUAUAUUGAUCAUGAGUAUCGUGAAAUUGUACUGGCGAUUCCUGGGCUGAACUUGGUUAGAAAGAGCCAUUAUAAGAUACUUUUGGACAACAAACUAGGAAACGGCGGUUUCCGCCUCAACCCUGAUUAUUUGAUCAAGCGCGUUACUUACGAGCAAACUCAAGGCAAUGCCCCGCCUUAUAUUAUUUAUGUCGAUCAUGACCAUUCAGAAAUUGUCUUGGCUAUUCGGGGUUUGAAUUUGGCUAAAGAGAGUGAUUAUAAGUUGUUGCUGAACAAUAGGAUUGGAAUGCAAAUGUUUGAUGGGGGAUAUGUCCAUCACGGUUUGUUGAAAUCAGCGAUUUGGUUGUUGAACGAGGAGUCCGAGACUUUGAAAAGGAUUUGGGAAGAGAAUGGGAGAAGUUAUAAGAUGGUUUUUGCAGGGCAUUCUUUAGGUUCUGGUGUGGCUUCCUUGUUGACUGUCAUUGUGGUGAACCAUAGGGAUAGGUUAGGGGGAAUCCCGAGGAAUCUUGUGAGGUGUUAUGCUGUUGCCCCCGCAAGAUGUAUGUCACUCAAUUUGGCGGUGAAGUAUGCUGAUGUUAUCUACUCUGUGGUGUUGCAGGAUGAUUUCUUACCAAGAACUGCCACCCCUUUGGAAGAUAUUUUCAAAUCCAUUUUCUGUUUGCCAUGCCUACUCUUCCUCGUGUGCUUGAGAGAUACCUUCAUACCUGAAGGUAGGAAGCUAAGAGAUCCGAGAAGACUGUAUGCGCCUGGUCGAAUGUAUCAUAUUGUGGAGCGGAAGUUUUGCAGAUGCGGAAGGUACCCUCCAGAAGUUAGAACGGCAAUCCCAGUAGAAGGUAGAUUUGAGCAUAUUGUUUUGUCGUGCAAUGCUACGUCAGAUCAUGCAAUCAUUUGGAUCGAAAGAGAAUCAGAAAAAGCAUUGCAAAGACUGAAAGAAGAUAGUACAGAGACGAUUACCAGUGCACCAAAAGUACAAAAAUUUGAAAGGCUACACACUAUAGAGAAAGAACAUAAGGAUGCUCUAGAAAGAGCUGUCAGCUUAAAUAUACCUCACGCGGCCUCCCUAGGAGAAGAAGCAGAAUCACCAGGGCAGAAUAGUGUAGAUCAAAGUCAAGAUGUGGGUGACGAGGAGACGAAUGCACAGAAAACAAGUACAAGGAACUCUGAUGCAAGAACUAACUGGAAUGAAUUAGUCCAAAGACUUUUUGAGAGGAAUGAGUCUGGACGAUUACUUCUAAAGAGCCAAGUCCCGGAAACUUUGUAA